GGGGGGCCGCGGUACCCGGAUCUGGGCAGGAGGCGGGCGGAGGCCGGGCAAUGCGCCCGCAGCCAUGAGCAGCGGCCCCGGCCGUGGGGCCUCGCCGCCCUCCCCGGCCCCCCCAGGGCCCCCCCUGGGACCCCAAGCCAUGCAGCAGGUCCUCGACAACCUCCUGGGCCUCCCCAGUGCCCCCGGUGCCGCCGACCUCGACCUCAUCUUCCUGCGGGGCAUCAUGGAGAGCCCCAUAGUGCGCUCCUUGGCGAAGGCCCACGAGCGGCUGGAGGAGACGAAGCUGGAGGCGGUGCGGGACAACAACGUGGAGCUGGUGCAGGACAUCCUGCGUGACAUCGGGCACCUGGCGCGCCAGGACAGCGCCGCGGCCGAGCUGGCACGCAUCCUGCGCGAGCCGCACUUCCAGUCCCUGCUGGAGACCCACGACUCGGUGGCCUCCAAGAGCUACGAGACCCCCCCGCCCAGCCCCGUGCUGGACCCCACCUUCAACAACCAGCCCGUGCCCCCCGACGCCGUGCGCAUGGUGGGCAUCCGCAAGGUGGCCGGGGAGAACCUGGGGGUGACGUUCCGGGUGGAGCGGGGGGAGCUGGUGAUCGCCCGCAUCCUGCACGGGGGCAUGGUGGCCCAGCAGGGCCUGCUGCACGUGGGGGACGUCAUCCGGGAGGUGAACGGGCGCGAGGUGGGCAGCGACCCGCGGGCGCUGCAGGACAGCCUGCGCCACGCCAGCGGCAGCGUCGUGCUCAAAAUCCUGCCCAGCUACCAGGAGCCCCACCCGCCCCGGCAGGUCUUCGUGAAGUGCCACUUCGACUACGACCCGGCCUCCGACAGCCUCAUCCCCUGCAAGGAGGCCGGGCUCCGCUUCGCCGCCGGGGACCUGCUGCAGAUCGUCAACCAGGAUGACCCCAACUGGUGGCAGGCAUGCCACGUGGAGGGGGGCAGCGCGGGGCUCAUCCCCAGCCAGCUGCUGGAGGAGAAGCGCAAAGCCUUCGUGAAGCGGGACCUGGAGGUGCCCCCCGCGUCCGGGGCCUUGUGCGGCAGCCUCAGCGGGAGGAGGAAGAAGAGGAUGAUGUACCUGACCACCAAGAACGCCGAGUUUGACCGCCACGAGCUGCUCAUCUACGAGGAGGUGGCGCGGAUGCCGCCCUUCCGUCGGAAAACCCUGGUGCUCAUCGGCGCCCAGGGCGUGGGGCGCCGCAGCCUCAAGAACAAGCUGCUCAUGUCCGACCAGGCGCGCUACGGCACCACCAUCCCCUACACGUCGCGGAAGCCGAAGGAGAGCGAGAAGGAUGGGCACGGGUACCGCUUCGUGUCACGGGGCGAGAUGGAGGCAGACAUCAAGGCCGGGCGCUACCUGGAGCACGGCGAGUACGAGGGCAACCUCUACGGCACCAAGAUCGACUCCAUCCGCGCCGUGGUGGACGCGGGCAAGAUGUGCAUCCUGGACGUCAACCCCCAGGCGGUGAAGGUGCUGAGGACGGCCGAAUUCGUGCCCUACGUGGUGUUCAUCGAAGCCCCCGGCCCCGACACGCUGCGCGCCAUGAACCGGGCAGCGCUGGAGAGCGGCGUGGCCACCAAGCAGCUCACGGAGGCGGACGCCAGGCGGACGGUGGAGGAGAGCGGCCGCAUCCAGCGCGGCUAUGGCCACUACUUCGACCUCAGCCUCACCAACGACGACCUGGAGCGCACCUUCGGGCGCCUGCGCCAGGCCAUGGAGCGCCUGCGCGUCGAGCCCCAGUGGGUGCCCGUCAGCUGGGUCUACUAGUGCCCCCCCCCCGUGCCAUGAGUGUGCCAAGGAGGACCUGAGAGGGGGGUUUGGGGUCUGCAGACCCCCCCCCGUCCCCGUGCCCAGCCCCUCUCUCCCUCCCACCCACUCCCAGAUUGUUCUUUUUUUUUAUUUAUUUUUGUUUUUUAUUUUGGGGGGGGGGAGGCACAAGCAGGUGGUGGGGCUGCCCCCCCUUCCUGUGCCCACACAGCUAAUUCACUGCCAAAACUUGCCCCCCUCCUUCCAGCCACUUUGUUCCAGUGCCCCCCCCAGGCCCCCACCCUGGGGUGCCCAAGGUGCUGGGUGGCCCCUGCCUCAGUUUCCCCAUGGGAACACCCCCACCCCCCCCCGGGAGGGAUCUGCGCCCAGCCCUCCUGCUGUCCCCACCCCCCUUUGCCCCACAUCACCCCUUCCCAGGUAGCAAUAACCCCCCCCGAGGAUCCCUACCGUGUAAUUAGCCCUCAAUUAACUCUGUAAUUAAUGAGCCCUGUAAUUAAGCCCUGGGGUGCUGCUGGGGGUGUCUGGGGGGGGUGAUGCCAGGGGACGGGGACACGGGGGGAGCGCAGGGUCUGGCUGCGUGGGUGGGUGCACGUCAGUGUGCACAUGCGUGUGCCCAGCCCGGGGGCUCUGCGCUGCCUCCGCUGUGUCCCCUUUGUCCCCGUGCCCCCGUCCUGCGGGGACACCCCGGGGUGCCCACGUCCCCGUCCCCAGGUUGCUCCUUUUUGGUACUUUGCUGUGACUUUUAUUAAAGAUCAAGGAGAGAAAA